AUGGCGGACAUAGUCAGCAGACUCCACAAAAACAAAGUGGUGUCAUCCAGCAGGAAAACAUCCCUCCGUCACUACUGCGUGGCCACGAUGAUCCUGCGACACCAGCAAAGCGCCAAAUCUGUGAUUGAUUUCACGGUGGAGCAGUGGAUUGCUAGGGAAGAAGUGAGUGAUGGGUCCUGUAUUCACCUCACUCCCAAAAGUGCUCUGGAACAACUCAGCUUCACGCUAAGCAGGGAAGAAGAAGAAUAUUUUAAUGUGUACUUUACAAUGAUCCGCACUGACUACUUACACAAACAAGCCCAGGAAACGGACGACAAAGGCAAGUUUUUCCUUUCUGCGUCUGGCGCACCACUGGCCAAUCCUAUGGCAGAUGUUAAACGGCUUUUCCAAACUUAUAAACACCUGCAGAAACAGGUGCAGGAGCUCCAUACUUGUGGUGAGAGCAGUACUGCUGCCUCUACCGAAGAACAUGGAACACUUACCCAGGAGGGCACAUCUAUCCAGGCCAUAUGUGCAUCAGUGUUUAAACUAAGAUACUGGGAUGCCUUUAGGGACAAAUUCCCCGUUACAGUAAAUGGGAAUGCUCCCACCAAGCAACAGGCAACAGAGGCGGGGUUUGAAAACUAUCGUAGUUAUUACCACAAAUGGAGGGAUGUUCAGUACCAGCUGCGUCUCAGAUAUGUGCUGGAUCAGUCAGUGGAUAGGAAGGGUACCAAACCUCAGGAGUCUAAAAUUCAGAGGAUCAUCGAUGCACAGGUUGACUGGACCACCAAUAAGCCAACAGUGGCUGACGUGCAACAAGCUUGGGCACCUCCAGUCUCUACAGGACACAGCAUCGAAAAUGACAUGUCCAUCAUCAAGUCUAUCGUAGAUCAGAAGUGGAAAGGGCUGGCUAUCAAGCAGUUUGAAAUAAAAGGCAAAGGAGUGAUCACAACUAUGCCUUUUUCCAAAAACGACAUCAUCUGCGACUACCAUGGCACUGUCAUCUCUAAAAGGGAGGGAGAGGAGAAGAUGGCUGCUCUGGCUCCUGGGGAACACUCAUACAAUUUUUUUUUUAGGGGAAAGGGUGGGGAGCCCCUGUGCAUUGAUGCACAACAGUUCCCUUGUAGCUGUCACCAGGACAAAGACUGCUUCGGAAGAAGAAUAAACCACUCAAGACAAUUUUUUAAUGUGCAUGCCCAGAGGUUCACAAUGGCUCUACCUAGUGGGCCUGCUGAAACCAUUUUAUUCCUUGCCACAAGAGACAUUAAACUAAACGAAGAAAUAUUAUAUGAUUACGGAGUGACAAGGAAAUCAUUUCAAGGAGAAGGAGCAGAUCUGGACUGGCUCGAUGACUGAACUGUCUGAACUGGUCCCUCCUAAGCUAGUUGUGAAAAGUUCAGACUUUUUUAUUGCC